AUGCUGGAUGCGGGAGAGGCCGUUACAGGCCAGCCUCAGCCCCAAGAGCAGCAGCAACAGCAGCAGCAGAAGCAGCAGAAGGCUCCAUCAGAGAGGCAGCAGCAAAUCAGCAAGCUCAUGAGCACUUACAGGGGCGACAUCAAGAAGCUCCAAAAGCAGGUCUCGAGGAAGCAGAAUGCCUGGCACCAACAGGCCGAUGCGCUGCCCCGCCUGACCGCCGUGCCCGGCAGCCACCUGCCGCCGCCCGCACGGCCGCUGCCAGUGCGCAAGCGAGUGGACUGGCGGCCCGCGGAGCGUGAGGCGCUGCGGCGGUGGUUCCUGGCGUACGGCGUCGGCCGCUGGAAGGAGAUCCAUUCGGCGCUGAUUGAGAGCGUGCGAUCCCUGGGCCACGGCGUUGGUGAUGUGGAGGACGCCUGCUGGGAGGUCCUUGCUGACAUUUGGGGGGCGCUGUCAGAGGAGGGGGCCGCGGAUGAGUCGGCGCUCAUUGAGCAGCUGCUGUCCUUGCGUGACACCCCGGCGCCCGGCCCCACGCCCGGGGCGCCGCUUGAGCCGAUGGGGGACGCCGCAGCCCGCUCCGCCGCCAAACGGUUGCGCCUGCUGGCCGAGCUAUCGCAUCUGAUGGGCCACCUGCUCGCGUGCGGCGGCGAGGCGGUCGCCGGGCGCCUGCGCGCGGUGCUGGAGGCCGCGCCGCCGAAACUCUGCCCUCCUCCCGCGCCAUGGUGGGGCGUGGACGCUGACCUGGCGCUGCUGGUGGGCGUGUGGCGCCACGGCUACGGCGCGUACGGCGCCAUCAGGGCCGACCCAGAGCUCGCGCACGCAUUUCAGGCUGCCGGCGACCCCGUCGGCGGCGUCUGGGGCGACCUGGAUGCAGUAGCGUGGCCCGACCCGCGGCGGCUCAGCAUCGACCACCACACACCCGCGCCCACGCCCGCGCCACUCAGCAGCCCCGCGCCGCCGGCGGCCCUGCCGCCCGGCGGCGCCGGCGCGGGCGGCGGCGACAGUGUCGGCGGCAGCGGCUGGCCUGCGCCGGACGCAUUGGGGCGGCGCCUCAGGUGGCUAAUGGACGUCUUGAGCGACGCGGUCGCCGCGGCCGGCGGCGCCGAGGGCAUUGCGCUGACCCCGCUGCCCCCGCCGCGCGCGCCAGGCCCGAAGCCCGGCGCCGACGGCGCGGCCUCAGACGCCGGCGGCGGGGGCGCGAACGCGGCGGCGAUGGCGGCGCAGGGGUCGUUUGGAUACAAAGAGGACGACUUUGUGUGGGCCUGGGGCAAUGAGAUGGAUCAGGAGUUGGACGGGCUGUUUGGGGACGAGGCCGGCGCCGCAGACGGCGCCGGCGGCGGCCGCGGCGCAGAGGGGAAGGGCAAAGUGAAGGGCGCGGGCCCGGGCGCGGCGGGCGGCGGGGCCGGCGGCGCGGCCGGCGGCGGGGAGCAGGCCGGCCCGUGUCCGGGGCCUUGA